CAGAUCAUACAGUAGGGGAGUUCGAGCUUUCAAAACUGAAAGGCGACAGCUUCCUCGAUUAUAAAUUUUUUGUGAUAUUAUUUAAGUGUUAUAUUUAUAUAUAAAUUCUAUUCACAAUGGAGAUCUUACCGUUCAGUCAACAUUUGGAAUACCAGAAACCAAACAAAUGGUAUUACGACCCGAGGCUACAGUUCGAGGAGCCGUCGACCAACACGACGGAGUUCCUGGCCAAGAAGCUGGAGGAGGAGAUCCGCGCGGCCAAACGUACGCACCUCUCGUGUGGCGAGGUGCUGUUGCCGUGCGGGCUGUUGCAAAAAAUUUCGGCGGAUAUACUCAAGAUAUCCGAUUCGGAGCUAUGCGGUUUGCGGGGCAUGACGCUGUACUUGCUGUUCGAGGGCGAGGAGGACUGCCGGAGGCUGAGCACGCUCAAGCUCGAUCCGACGACGCCGUCCACCUUCGAAAUUUAUCUGACGUUCAAACAGGCGAACGCCGGCUGGACGUUCCUGCCGCAGUUCUUGAAGAAAAUCACAAGGGGCGGCACGGUGAUAAUCAGCACCGAAUACGAGCUGACCAAGAAGAAGCUCUACAGGUCAUUCCGCGAAUGAGCGGCCGAAAGUUUUUUUUCAUUUUUCAUUGACAAAACGAGGUUUUGAAUCGAGACUGAGGGACACAUACGAAAACGAGAAGUAAUAUGUUUUUUAUAUUUUUUAUAGUAUCUAAAAAACAUCAAUAAGCGAAGCGUGAUCUUAGGUUUAGUUUUGUAGUUUUAUAUAUUUUUGACAGUAUUUGAACAUAUCCCGGUUUGGGAUACCGAACGAUGAUGGUCCAAAGACCUUUAUGAUUAUGUUUUUAUUAAGGAUUUCUCAGAAACGGGGAAGUCUGUGAUUUUCAUUAAGUGAUAUACUUAUGUAUUAUAAUAAUGCAUUGAUAUAAAAUGUACCUGUGUACUUAAAAAUGUUUCAAGUAUAUGAAAAUGUUUAUUUGAUCCGUUUUUUCUGUUCUUGUGAUAAUACUUUAGUCUUAGAGUGUUUUGUGAAAGUAAUAAUUGAAAACUAAAAAAAUAAAUAAAAAAACAUGCAUGUACGUACAAAUUAUCUUCGAAAAUAUUAAUUAUAACAUGUAUGUUUAUAUAAGAGGCUAUAAGUAAGAUAUUUUAUAUAAGUUUUUAUAAUUAUUGAGUAGUUUUAGUAUUUAGUACUGCUACUUUUGUGAUAAAAGUACAUAAUCUGUACAAAAUCUCAUGCUUUUGUACUAAAAAGUGAUUAAUAAAAAAACAUUUUUUUAAA